CGGGUCCAACUCCGAACACCAAAGUUAUAAAAGGGACAAGCCUCAUCCCCCGAGUUCCCAGUUCUUCUUCAGCAACUUCACUGUUCUAAACUCCAAUCUAAUCCAUUCCAACCAACAUGACUUUUACUAUCGAACCCAUCGUUCCCUCUCCCGAACAAAGCGGUGUUGAUUUCGGCUGCAUGAUCCACGAUUUGGACUUGGCCAAGAUCACAGAUGAGGAAUUCAAGAAGCUUGAAGAAGCCGUUUACACUUACCAGGUGGUCGUUGUCCGUGGUCAGAGCCAUGUCACUCCCGAAGUUCAAUUCAGCUUAGUUCAGCGUUUCGAACCUCAGGUCGAUACCUAUGGUCACGGUGCUCAGCAUCGUGCCAGCGAAUCCAUCAUUGCUCGCGAUUUGUCUCCCUUCCCUACCGUUCCCCAGGUUCAGUUGUUGGGUCACGGCACUGUGAAGAACUACCACGGUAUCGAAGAACGCAAGUUGACCCACCCCAGCCACCGCAGUUUCCAUCACACCACCCUCACCCCCGAGCAAGAAGCCGAAGGCAAGACCCGCUUCUACCGCUGGCACAUGGAUGCUGCUUUGUACAAGCUCAACCCUCCCAGAAUCACCACCUUGUUCGGUUUCAAGAACCCCGAACCCAGACGUCAGACUUUGCUCUACGAUGAUGGUAGCAACCAGACUCUUGAUGUUCAGUUGGGUACCACCGCAUUUAUCUCUGGUCAAAGAGCCUUUGAACUUUUGCCCCCUGACUUGAAGGACUUGGCUUUCCGCACCAAGGUGAAAUACGCUGCUCAUCCCUACUUGUGGAUGUCCAAGGCCAAAUCUCGAUCCACUGGUUUGGGCAUUGUCACUGAAGGCAAGGAAAUGAAGCCUGAAGAAUUACCCCCUGUCGAAGAACAGGCUAUCAAGAUCUACCCCAUGUUGUGGAAGAACCCUGUUACCAACAAGAUCCACUUGCAAGUCCACCCCUCGGCUAUUGAGGACCUUAUCAUUGACGGCAAGCCCCUCGGUGAUUUGGAGAAGGCUCGUGAAUUGGUGUACAAGAUGCAGCGUCCUGCUAUCAACCCCGAGAACGUGUACGCUCACGACUGGGAGGAUGGUGACUUUGUGAUCUUCCAUAACCGUGGUGUCCUCCACUCUGUUGUCGGCUCUCUUAAGGAUACUGAUACCCGUAUCUUCCAUCAGUCCCACUUGGCUUGUCCCGCCGAUCCUGUUCCCGUUACUGAAGAAGAUUUCGCUCCCUACCGUGUGGCCGCCACCGCUUCCGCUUAAGAAAAACGACCACCUGGUGUGUUCGUCUUCUUUUGUUUCUUCUGUAUAAUAGUUUGAGCUUCUUCCCCUUGAUUUUUUUUUUCGUCGUCCCUCACAAUCU